AUGAGCUUAAACAACGGUUCCGGUCUCAAGGUCGAGCCUUUCGAUGGCUCGAACUAUGGGUUGUGGAGUUACAAGAUGAAGAUGUACCUGAUGUCGAAGGGGCUGUGGGGCGCGACGCGGGCGAUGGGCGAUUAG